UAGUUCAUGGAGCUUCUUUCACCUUCCCAUGGGCCACUCUCAGGCGAAACACCUCCUGGACAGCAGACCUUGCUGGCAGAUGGCCUGAAACCUACAGAGCAAAGUCCUGAGAGCAGCAGCCCAGGCUGUUAAAUAUUGUGAAUACUGUCAUAUUGUGGAUAAUACAGCCCAGUGACAGAAUGUGUCUCCUGGCUUCCAAAAAGCAGAAAUGUACAGAGCUGGCAAAAAAGAAAGUGUUUCACCUUUCAGCCAGCCGGAUUGCAUUGUGCCUGUUUCUGUGUUUUGUGUUGUGUGUGGAGUCUUCCAGUGCUCGAUGCCCAAGGGUACGUGCAAAGGAAAUGCUUUGUGGGGCGGAACUAGUGGACAUUCUUCAGUUCGUCUGUGGUCCGACAGGAUUCUACUUCAGUAAAGCUGUCUCGCAGCGUAACAGAAACAGACCGGGAAUCGUGGAAGAAUGCUGCUUCUGUGGUUGUAACAUGAACAUCCUCGAAUCUUAUUGUGCUGCUCCAAUUACAAACACAACGGGCAGAGAAGAUCAAAGAACUUAGGACGAUCCUUUCGCGCCUCCAGCCAUUGUUUCCAAAGUUGUAUGAAAAGAAAUCAAGGACGUCCGCAAAUUUCAGACUAUGGAGACAUUUAUUAUGAUGGAAAUGUGCAAUAAAAAGGAACUAAUGGACAAUAAAUCCUGGGUGUAAUGAUGGAUAAUGUAAAUUAUCCUGAGCCUGUGGAAGCCUCGGAUAUAGAGGAAAUCAACAUAUAUUGACCGAACUCUUUCUGAUAAGCUAUGUACAUACACCCACACCGCCGUGCCACCGUCUUCAUGUUAGUAGGCCAAGCUUAACAUACACAAGUAGUCAAAGAUAGUUUCCUAAGAUAGGCCACGGGAUUGAUUUUUAGUAAUAGUAAGGUGCUAAAUGGAUUUCUGUUUCUGAGCCAUUUUCUGGUUUCUCAUUAUAUCAGGAAAAGGUAGACUACAAACUCUUUACAGAAGACCAAGACAUGGGAAACAUUUCGUCAGCUUCAUUGGGUUUCAAUAUUUCAAGAAUUUGGGGGUUUAUCAAGGCAAAAUUAUUUCAUUUGUCCCGUACAUUCUUAAUGGCUACUUGAUUGUCUAAAGUCACUACAAUGAGAGCAGAGGGAAGAUUUCUUACGUUGAUUGAGCUAUGGUGUACAGCUCGCUCUUCCUUUGAAAACAAAAAAGACCGUUAUAUUGAAUUCUAAAGAAUCUCAGAUCAUUGAAGUAAUUCCAGGGUAUAUCACUCCUUGACAUGAGAAAAACAAAAACAACAAAAAAAACAACAGGAUAUAAAUCUGUGAUAAAUAAGAAGAAUUCACUUUGAUCCAGUUUUUUUUGCUGGUCCAUAAUACUUUGGCUGAAACAUAAAUUUAGAUCCUCACGCCAUUUUGCUGUGUGUCCAGUGGUUGUAGCAAGCCGGCCAUAUUGUUAAGGUUCCAGACAAAUGUUCAUAUCUCAUUGGUUAUUGUUGCAGCAAAGCCUGGCCUUCCCAAGUGAAAUGAAGACUCCUCUAACAAUGGUACAUGAUAAGGCUGUUUUGCAGGAUUCAUUAAAUAUAUAUUUUUCAAUAAUGGAAGAGCCAUUGUCAAAACAAAAUUACAAACCACAGCCCUAACCAAUACAUUGAGGAUAGACGUGAGGUCCUUGUAUCUUACAUCAAAUACAUCUUUUGGUGCUCUGUUUUAACUAUGCUUUCUGCAUUCAUUAACUAUAGGCUCUCAUUACCUAAGGUAUAAAGAUGGUAAAUCUGCUUCCUGAAUACAAUCUAAUUACUGUA